AUGGCUGCACCGCUCUACGACCGCAUGGUCGCCAGCCUGCCUCGACUGGUGGGCCGGUCCGACGACUUCGAGCCAUACAACUACACAAGCAAGAACGGCCAUGUGUGCGCCAUGCCCCGGCCGCUGACCAACACCGAGACCGCCAAGCUGGCCGGCGGCCAUGAUUUCUUCACCAUCAACCAGAUCAUCACCGGCGCCUGUGCCUGCUUCACCCUGCUCAGCCUGUUCAUCCUCAUGUUCAGACAUGCAACCCACCUGUCGAGGCCCAACGAGCAGCUCAACAUCCUGAGGAUCUGCUGCUACCUGCCCGUCUUCGCCGUCGGCUGCUUCCUCGAGGUCUCCUUCCCGAAUGCCUACGUCUACAUCAACCCCUGGCUCGACUUUGUCCAGGCCAUCGCCCUGUGCAACUUCUUCCUCCUCAUGUGCCAGUUCGUGUCCCCCUCGGACCAGCACCGCGAGGUCUUCUUCGCCGCCCUCAAGGUGCCGCAGAAGAAUAAGAAGAGCAGCGCUGGUCGGCGGGGCAGAGGCCGUCGCGGGGACCAUGGCCCGCAGCCUGAGGUCGAAGAGGAGCCCAUCAACGGCCUCGAGUGGUACCGCAAGAUGUGGAUGCUCAUCUUCCAGUACCCGGCCGUCCAGGCGCUCGUGGCCAUCUUCACCGCCAUCUUCGAGUCGCAGGGCGUCUACUGCCUCGUGAGCAGCAAGCCCUACUUUGGCCAUCUCUGGCUCGACAUCAUCCACAAUGUCAGCUUGACACUGGCAAUCAUGUCCUGUCUGAGGCUCUACGGUGCUCUCAAGGGGCGUCUGGCGCACCACAAGCCCCUCGCCAAGCUGGCUGCGUUCAAACUGCUUGUCGCCAUCACCGGUAUCAUCCAGCUCAUCUACUGGAUCCUCCGCUCCAUCAGCCCCUCCCCCCUCAAGCCAACAGCCUACUUCUCCUGGUCCGACGACUUCAUCGGCAUCCCGGUCAUGGUCAUGGCCCUGCUCACCGUCCCCUUCUCCAUCUUCUUCCACUUCGCCUACGACGUGAAGCCCUACUACCUCGAGAACGCCGGCAAGCACAUGCCCCUCGCCCAGGCCGACCUCGAGUCCGGCACCUCGGCCGGCGGCUCCCCGCCGCCUCCCCACAAGCCCGCCGGCCCUUACGCCGCCGUCGGCGCCGCGGGCACGAGGUACCAGGGUGGCUUCCUCGGCGUCUGGGCCUGGCUUGGUUUGCUUAACCCUAGCGAGCUUAUCUCUGGCUUCAUCUUUGGCUUUACCAUGUUGAGUAAGGAGAACCGCAAGGUUGGUGUCACGACCGUCCGGAGGGCUCAGACUGGGGAGUUCGGCCAGGCUUGA